CCCACGAACACCCAUUCAUCACGAGCUGUAUACUUAUCAAGCUAGCUGUUAGCUUAACGCGCUAAUCAGCGUUACGUGUUGGUCGUGGAUCGAUAAGACGGUCGUAACGUCACGCGUAUAACCCUUUCUCCUGAGUUGUAAUGCUAGUUUACGAAUGUUUCUAGUUUUUUCUGGGAACUAACGUGACAGUCUAGUGUGAUGGCAGAUACACGGAAGGUCAGACGAGCGGCGGACUGACGACAGUAAUGUCCGAGAAACGAGCUUCCACUGCUGUUUGUUGACAUCACAGCACUGAUAAACUGAAAAAUAAAUCAUGCCUGGGAAACUGAAGGCCAAAAUUGUGGCUGGUCGCCAUUUGCCUGUCAUGGACAGAGCCAGUGACCUGACUGACGCUUUUGUAGAGGUUAAGUUUGGAAACACAACUUUCAAAACCGAUGUCUGUCACAAAUCCCUCAAUCCACAGUGGAAUUCAGAAUGGUUCAAAUUUGAGGUUGAUGAUGAGGAUUUGCAGGAUGAGCCAUUGCAGGUCACAGUUUUGGACCACGAUACUUACAGUGCUAACGAUGCCAUAGGGAAAGUUUACAUUGACAUUGACCCACUGCUGUGCAGUGAGGCGGCCUCUGUCAUCUCUGGCUGGUUUCCCAUCUAUGAUACAAUCCAUGGUAUCCGUGGGGAGAUCAACAUCCUUGUCAAAGUUGAGCUGUUCAAUGAUUUGAACCGCUUCAGACAGUCCUCCUGCGGGGUCAAGUUCUUCUGCACCACAGCCAUUCCACGGUGCUACAGGGCAGUGAUGGUGCACGGGUUUGUGGAGGAACUUGUGGUGAAUGAAGAUCCAGAGUACCAGUGGAUCGACCGUAUAAGAACUCCUCGGGCCUCCAAUGAGGCCCGGCAGAGGCUCAUCUCUCUUAUGUCUGGAGAGCUGCAGAGGAAAAUAGGGCUCAAGGUAUUGGAGAUGGGCGGUAAUGCAGUUGUGGGCUACUUGCAGUGUUUUGACUUGGAGGGAGAGUCUGGUCUGGUGGUCCGGGCCAUAGGUACUGCCUGCACACUGGACAAACUCAGCUCUGGGAGCGCCCCCAACACCAACACACACAUGCACUCGAACACAGCCCCUGCUUCCAAUGCCUGCAAUUCCCCUUCCAAGGAUGGAAAGGAGCCGGUAUUCAGUGAGGACCUGACCUCGUCCUCCGGCCCGCCAACCCCUUUCAGAGCCCUUCCCACCACCUCCUCCUCUCCUCCCCCCUUCUCUCCCUCCAAGCCAUGCAGCCGCCAGUCCUCAUCAUCAGACACAGACCUCAGUUUGACGCCCAAGACGGUGGCGCCAGGGAGACGCAGGCCUGGGAUCUUUCUCUGCCCCAGCUCCCCCACCCUCUCCACAGACACUCUGUCCCUUCCCGGUUCUGGCUCAGUGGGCCGUGGUCACAGCUCGGCUCCCAGAGCCGCCACCCCACCCCCUCCCUCCACCAUCCAUUCAGACACUGUCUUGCUGAGAAAGAGCGUGUCCUUCACUGAGGACCUGCUGCUGGCAGCCUCCGGUAUGGGCAGUGGGGGCAGCGUCGGGAAGGAGGCAGGGCCUCUGAAGACGCUGCUCAGACAGCAGACGCAGACGGCCCUCGAGCAGAGGGGAGCGACCUCCUCUGGGUUAUUGUUAAACGCCAGGGAGUUCCCUUUCUUCACCUUGACGUCUUUCCCACCUGGUUUUCUGGUUCAUGUUGGUGGAGUGGUCAGCGCUCGCUCUGUCAAACUACUGGACCGUAUACACAACCCUGAUGAGCCAGAGACUCGCGACGCCUGGUGGGAGGAGAUUCGCCAGGAGAUCAAAUCUCAUGCCAAAGCUCUUGGUUGCCAUGCUGUUGUGGGCUACAGCGAGAGCACCAGCAUCUGUGAGGAGGUGUGCAUCCUGUCGGCAUCGGGCACAGCGGCCAUCCUGAAUCCUCGAUAUAUGCGGGAAGGCUGCUUAGACAUUGGAAUUACCGACCACAGGUUCGAGGAGCCGUCUCCCCCGAGCUGUGGCUUCUGCCACAUUCCCUACGAUGAGCUCAACAUGCCCUUUCCUGCCCAGCUCACCUACUGUUACCUCUGCAGGCGACAAAAGGUUCCUGAUGUGCUGUUCACAACAAUCAACCUGCCGCCAGAAGCGGCUGUUACGGGAAAAGGCUGCCUCAUUCAGGCCAGACUGUGCCGUCUGAAAAAGAAGGCUCAGGGUGAAGUGAAUGCCACGGCCAUCUCCAACCUGCUGCCUUUCAUGGAGUACGAGCUGCACACUCAGCUGAUGAACAAGCUGAAGCUGAGGAGCAUGAACUCUUUGUUUGGCUUACACAUACAGAUCAGUGUCGGGGAGAACAUGCUUCUGGGUCUGGCUUCUGCUACAGGAGUGUACCUGACCGCCCUGCCAGCCCCAGGGGGCAUCCAGAUUGCGGGGAAGACUCCUGGUGACCUAAGCAAUGAGCACCACAUCCUCACCAUCCAGAAAAGGAUCAAUGACACCAUAGCCAAGAACAAAGAGCUCUAUCAAAUAAACCCUCCGAAAUUAUUUGCCCUGGACCCUGAGGUAUUCUGCGGCAUAAACAUGGAGCUGACAGAGGAAGUGGUGGGUUCUCCGAUUCCUGAGCCGAGGCAACGAUCCAGACUUUUCCGAUCCCACUCAGAAAGCUCAGAUGAAGUGUCAGAACUGGACCUCUCCCACGGCAAGAAGGAUGCCUUUGUCCUGGAGAUUGACGACACUGAUGCUGUGGAGGACAUCCACUCCCUCCUCACUGAUGCCCCGACCCCCACAGGUUUCUACAGCUGCAACACUGAGAUCAUGCCUGGGAUCAACAACUGGACUUCAGGAGUUCAGAUGUUUACAUCUGUGAGGGUCUUUAGGUUGAGUAAUGCCAAUCUUACUAACCAAGGCUUGAACAAGAUAUUCACUGACCUAUGUGAGAAUCUGCUUAAGAGUUUUUACUUCAAGCUUCGCUCUAUGAUCCCCUGCUGUCUGUGUCAGCUCAACUUCACUGUAGCAGUGCCAGAGGAAGAACUCAUACAGGUCACAGUGACAGCGGUUGCCAUGACGUUUGACAAAGACCAGACUCAGGAGAAGACUGCAGACAAGCCCCCCACCAAAGGAGGCAGUGAGACUGAAGAGCAGCUACAGUUUCCCCUGGAGUUAUGUGCAGACUUGUCAUUCGCCAAAUGUCAACCAACAUCCAAGAUUUCAGCUACAAAACUCUGCAAAAAUCAGCUGGUGACGGUUCGUUCACCAGGUGUCCCAGAGAGUGCCAACGUCUCAUCCAGAGAGUUAUCCUGCACCACUCCCAAACCUCAUCCACUUUUGUUCUUUUCUGUUCGUUUUUGUGUCCUGUUUUUAUUUUUCUCUUUUGUUGUUGUUGCGUUUGUGUAUGUUUUGGUGUAUGCGUUUGUGUGUGCGUGCGGGUGCACAUGUGUGUGCGUGCGGGUGCGUGCGCGUGUGUGCGUGUGUUUGUGUGUAUUCUCUCCAGCUGCCUCCGUUGAUUACGGUUCCUUUGCAGACAGAUGCAGCACCUGGCUAGAGCUGCUUAGGCUGAAAGCUCACACCAUGAGACGUGGAUCAGUUAAGACAAGUAGGAGGACACAGUCUCUAGCACACUCUGUCUCAUCUUUGGAGCGCUGCAGUCCGCUGCCUGAGGGACGUUCACGCUCGCUGCGGUCCAACCGCUCCUUUGGUGGAAGUUCAGUCACGGUGGUGAAGAUGACGCCGCUCUCCUUCCUACCCGGGACACGCAUCAUUAAAUACCUCGGGAUCAUCAACAUGUUCUUUAUCAGAGAGACAACAUCGUUACGGGAGGAAGGAGGUGUCAGUGGCUUCCUCCAUACAUUCAUAGCAGAGGUGUUUUCGAUGGUUCGAGCCCAUGUAGCAGCACUGGGUGGCAACGCAAUGGUGUCUUACAGCAUGAAAGAGUGUAUGUUAAUGGAAAACCCAAACAAGAACCAGGCCCAGUGUCUCAUUAAUGUGAGUGGUGAUGCCGUCAUCUGUGUCAGGGAAACGGACCAGGAGCCCACUCCCUCAACGACCAAUACGGGACAGACCAGCGCUGGUGCCACAGACGAGGCGACAUGACAGUGAAACACAGAGCCUCACUUUGUCUGCAGGACACACAAUCUGAGUGAACACACUUUCUUGCGGUCCACAUAUGAGUCAUUUAUGCCUGCCUCUGUAUUAGAUCCACAGGUGUGCACCCAGGUAACAAAGAACAAGUACUCACACACACUCAAAAAGAUGCAGUCUGGAUUAAUAUUGUCGUGCAUGAUGUUUCUUUGUGUUUUAAAGAGAACAUUUGUGCAGAAGAUACUGAUAUAGCUCCUUGGGAAUUAGGUAAUCUGGGUGUUUCAAAACAUCAGCCAAAGGAUCCCUCUGCAUCUAACUUUUGUAUAUGUAUUACAUCUGUCCACAAUGGGGUCACGGAAAGCGACAGUAUGUUGGCCAUCCCUCUGUCUGUGGGCACGAGUGCGGCAGCUGAGACUAAUCUUUGCAUCUGUGGAUUUUUUUGGAUCACAGGAGAAGUCAUGAAAUGGCCAUGCCAAAAGGGACAUCAGAUCAUUUUAAAGUGGCCACAUAAUGACUUUCAACAUAGCCAGUGCUCUUCCUUAAAAUAGAAAAUCCUCAGUAGGGUGGAGAAUUUUAAUCAAAACAACCUAGAAAAUCCUGUGAUGCCAUUUUAUUAUGAUGAUCUCUUUUAUAAUUGGUGUCCAGUUUGAAUAUCAAAAUGAGAUUUUCUGUUGAAUUUGUCGAUGAAUAAUCUUCCUGAUUACUUUCACAGUAUUGCUCACAGGCAGUAUCCUACAGGUGAUCAAAUGACUCCAGAAAGUGUCAAAUAAUUAUCUGAUCUAUACUAAUAAUAAUGAAAACAAAAAUAAAAGGGUUACUGGCACAUGCAUGUAUGUUUGCAGGGCAAUAAUUUCCCUUUCCAACAGCUACAACUGUUUAUGCCAGUGAUUAUUUUUUUAUGGAUUCAAACUUUUACAUGUUGUAUUGCUUUAUUGUGAAAAUGCUCAGCUUUAAAGGUGUGUAUGCCUUUUAUUCACUUUUAAAGGAGUGAGAGGGCAAAUGGUGAUGGGAAAAUUGGGUAAAAUGUGUCCCUUUGGGGUCUAGCACCAGAGUGGUUUCACAGGAUGAAGUAUUAGACUGUUUUGACUGAAUUACAUUUGAAGCCAUUUGUCCUGAGGCAACUCUUGCUUCACUUGCAGCUCUCUGAUCCAUUACUCUUCUUGAUGCUUCUUGCUGUCUGUGUCAGGUUUUACAUACUUUUGUCAAGCUUCAUCCCUGUUGCUUUUGCACUCAUGUUCUGUAUAAUAAUCCUGCUACUGAUCUCGACAUCUUUGACUGUCAUGUCCAAUGCUGGGGGGGAAAAAGCAUAUUCUGGUGUAAGUGCCACCUGAAAAUAAACUAAAUGUUCUCUAAAGUCA